UGACCUCAUCUGGACGUUUCCCCUCGCGCCUCCUCCCCGCCCUGCCUCGGCCCCUGCUCCCCGUGCUCCCCUCGCGUGUCACCCCACCCACCCGGGUGUGAGUUGGGGCCGUGAUGUGAUCCUGGGCGGCGGGUCCCAGACCUCGCAGGGGCCACGCUGCGAGGCCACGCGCGGGUCCCCGCAGGAGGAGGAGCAGGAGGAGGAGGAGGAGGACGAGGUCCCCGCGCCGGUUGUGCGCGCGCGGGGCGGCUUCCCCCAGGCUGCCCCUCAUUAGCAUGAGCGGGGUGGGGGUGCGGCGCGGGGCCGGGGGAGCGGACGGAGCCGGGCCGGGCUCCGGGCCAGAGCCCGGGAGCCCUGUCCACCAAAAUGACAGCUAGAGCCUUCUGGCUGCUCUGCCUGCUCGUGGGGUGCUCCCCCGAAGCCCCGCUGGCGGAGCGGAAAGCUACGUCGCCACACAACCGAAAGCCCGAGCCUCACGGGGCGGCGGGCGCAGCCGAGACAGCCGGGCCCGGGGCGCAGCCUCUCCCCGAGGCCCCGCGACCGCUGCGCGCGGCGGACGUCGCCCCUCGCGCCUGGCCCGACCCACGGCGCCGGAAGCCCCCGCUGCCCGCCGAGAACCGCGCCGGCUUCCGGGAGGCCGCGCGCGUGCUCGCCGGGCCGCCGGGCCCGCGCCUCGCGCAGGCCGAGAACCGAGCGUCGCCGCGUCGCGCGCGCACCCGAGCCCUGCGCUUCCCCGCCGCGCGGCCCCCCGCGCACGCCACCGAGGCUCCCUCGGGACCCGUGCACCCCAACCGGCCGCGCGCCGCUGCCCCGCCCCCGGAGUCGGCGGCCGCGUCGUCCGCGAGCGCAGCGGAGCUUGGCGCCGAGCCCUGCGCCUGCGCCUGGAGCGCGGACCUGGACGAGCGCGACGCCUACUGCGAGAGCGAAUUCGCAGCCGUGAACGGAAUCGUGCACGACGUGGACGUGCUUGGCGCCGGGAUCCGGCUGGUGACCCUGCUGGUGGACCGCGCCGGACUGUACAAGAUGAGCCGCCUCUACAUCACGCCCGACGGCUUUUUCUUCCGAGUGCACAUAUUAGCCCUAGACUCCUCCACCUGCAAUAAGCCAUGCCCAGAAUUGAAACCCGGCAGCAGGUACAUUGUGAUGGGCCACAUCUACCACAAGAGACGCCAGCUCCCCACAACUCUGCUCCAGGUCUUGAGAGGGCGCCUGCGUCCAGGAGAUGGGCUGGUCAGGAGCAGCAGCAGCUAUGUUAAAAGGUUUAACAGGACAAGAGAUCGGCAAGUUCAAGGUGCAGUUCACACCCAGUGCAUCUGAAACAUCCCAUCCCAGCGCUUGAGGAUCACAAGAGACUUGGAAUUCAGCAAAAUGACGGAAAGGUUUAGAUUCAUGUAAUGGUGUCUUCCUUUCACAGGGCCACAGCUACUUCACAGCCCUAAUCUGGAAGGCACCACUUUCCUAGCGACACAAUGCUGCUUCUGAGCUCACAGGCAAAGUUACUCAACUGCUGGGCCAGUGAUUCAUGUGGCUUUGAUACUUCACCUGUCCAGUUAACAGAUCAGUGCUUCAUGUGAAAUUUUUAAAUUAUUUUAAUUCAUUUUUCAGUAGAAAUAGUUCACAAAACCCCUUUUGAGUUUUAAAUAUACAAUUCUGAAUAGUUUAUAUCAGGAUCAAACCAAAUUUUAUACUCAAGCCACAUUUUAAAUUCUAUACAUAGUAAGCACACUAGUCAAGGACAUUUACAUAUGAAAUGUCACUUAGAUCAAACACAAGGGUCAGAGCCCAGGAAAAAUACUAUUUUACACGUAAAGAGCACUAAAGGGCUCAAUCCAAGAAAAUGUUAUUCUAAGCUGUUUUCCUGAUGUACCAGAAUGUAUGAGAUAUUUUCAUGCCUUCCUGCUUCCAAUAACAUGUUUUGUGUCAACCUGGAUGCUUAUUUCAGUGCUAAAUGUAUCUGAUGGCAUUUUUCUAUUAAAACCAAGUAUCAUGCUUGUGUUUGUUCAGCAGUAAAUCUUGCCUUGAAAUCA